AUGGAAAAUAACGUGCCCACCAUCUCUGCUCAGGUGCCCUCCCACCGACAGUGCCCACCAUCUCUGCUUAGGUGUCCUCCCACCGACAGUGCCCACCAUCUCUGCUCAGUGCCCACCAUCUCUGCUCAGGUGCCCUCCCACCGACAGUGCCCACCAUCUCUGCUCAGGUGCCCUCCCAUCUACAGUGCCCACCAUCUCUGCUCAGUGCCCACCAUCUCUGCUCAGGUGCCCUCCCACCUACAGUGCCCACCAUCUCUGCUCAGGUGCCCUCCCAUCUACAGUGCCCACCAUCUCUGCUCAGUGCCCACCAUCUCUGCUCAGGUGCCCUCCCACCGACAGGGACCACCAUCUCUGCUCAGGUGUCCUCCCACCUACAGUGCCCACCAUCUCUGCUCAGUGCCCACCAUCUCUGCUCAGGUGCCCUCCCAUCUACAGUGCCCACCAUCUCUGCUCAGGUGCCCUCCCACCAACAGUGCCCACCAUCUCUGCUCAGGUGCCUCAGUCACCCCAGAGCUGGUGUGUGGGAGGAGCUACCUGGAGGUGGGUCUCCUCAAGUCUCAGCUAGCGGCCAAACGUCUGGACAACUCCUCUGCUCACCUGGCCAAACCCCGCUGCUCCUCCCAGGAUAUUAACGGGACGGGGUGGUUCCAGAUGGAGCGCUGGGAGGGCAGCUGUGGAACCACUCUGACGACUAACGGCAGCUACGCCAUCUACUCCAACAGUUUUUUUGUCUACACGAUCAUUGAGACCUUUGAACAACCCGUGAGGAUCUCUUUCUCCUGCUCCUAUCCCCUGGAGACAGAGGUAAACAUGGAUGUGGUCAUCAAACCAUACCUGGAACUUGAAGGUGCGAUCAAAGAUGAGGGUGCCCAGGCCAGGGCCUCCAUGUCUCUGUUCCGUGAUGCCAGCUACACAGCUCCUUACCCAGCAGGCCCGGUCACUCUGCCACUGGGCUCCAUCCUGCAUGUGGGCGUGUCUGUUGAAGAGACGGACGCUGAGGCCUUUGUGGUCGUUCUGGAGGACUGCUACGCAACCCACUCCCCUGAUCCUGAUGACCUCCUGAAAUACUUCCUCAUCCAGCACAAGUGUUCUACUGACCGUCACCAGGUGACCGUGGAGGAGAGUGGCUUGUCCCUCCAGGCUCGCUUCGCUGCGCUGCUGUUCCUGUUCCAGGAGGACUACAGGGACGUCUACCUGCACUGCAGCCUCAACCUGUGUGACCAGAGGAACUCCUCCUGCUCUCCUAUGUGUUCAGGAAGGUCUGUCCGCUCUGUCGAUGAACUUGUACCCCUCAAGCCCGUCACCAUUGGACCAAUCACCUUGACAGAAUACCUGCAUAUAAAUAACUAUAAGCUUUAA